AUGGUGGUACAGUGUGCUAUUGGACCUGUGAGCAUUGCAGAGCUGCAUCCACAGGGCUUGUUCGUGAGGCUACACAAUUCCUCAAGGGAAGAGCAGGAUGUCGGAGACUUCCGUCUUCAGCAGAACAUAGAAGGGCACCCCACUGCAGUCUUCCACUUCCCUCACAGGGCCCUCAUCCCACCUCAUGCUUCUCUUAUGGUGUGGGCAGAGGCUUCACAAAGACCUCAUAUUCCUCCAGCGCAAUUCCUCUGGAGAGGAAUGGACCACCUUGGAGCAGAGCCAUGGGUCACCACCAUACUAUGUCAGGAGGACGGACAGGUCGUAGCAUGGUACACCCCAGCACUCUGCACCACUGAGUCAUGGCAAGCCUGGAAAAGACCACAUCAUCAUGGGAGUGUUCAGACAAGGUGCCAGUCAUCUCUGCUGUCCAGAGACCAGAAGAUGGGCAAGGAAGCACGUCAAUACCCAUUUUACACUCCUCCAGGGGGAGUGACCUAUUCAGACAGAAAGGACAAGAGGCCCUUUUUACUGCUAAAAAGGAAGAUGCAGACUACCCGGAUGUCCUGCAGCCCCUGGACCCAGGACCCCUGCUGCUUAACACACCCUGCACACAUUCAGCCAGGCAAAGUGGACUUCAGGGGCCUGCCAAAUAGGAAUAACUGGCCAUUGCUGUGCCAGUCUAACCCUGCCCCAGCAAAGAUCAUCAUUGGAGAUCAGCAUGGAAAAACUGCCAGUUCCAGAAGAAGGCCGACUCGCUCAGCAGGGCCCUGUCUAGGAGGAGUGAUGUUUGUGGGCCCUGUCUCUCCUUUAACUUCCCCUCUCCAGCGCUACUGUGAUGCUAACUGUUACACCAGCAAGAUCGGCUUCAGCAAGCUUCCCAAUACCUAGGACCACAUUUGC